UUAAUCUCCUUCAUUUCCAUGCAACCUCCUUCCCUCCCUCUCUCUCUCUAGAAAAACCCUCUUUCUCUGUCUAAAUCUAUUUAUAUUUAUUAAUCUAGAUUUAUUUUCAAAAUUUGUAUUAACAAAUAGAUAAAUAAGAUUAGUUUUUUUUUUUGGUUUUGGCUCGGGCGAGUCAUGACUCGGCGAUGCUCGCAUUGCAGCAACAACGGCCACAACUCCCGCACGUGUCCCACGCGGGGUGGUGGCGGAAGCGGCGGAGUUGGCGGAGGAGUGAAGCUAUUCGGUGUUCGUUUGACGGACGGGUCAAUAAUAAAGAAGAGUGCGAGUAUGGGAAAUUUGUCGUCCGCGCACUACCAUAGCUCGUCAUCAGCCGCCGCUUCACCUAAUCCGGACUCGCCUUUAUCGGAUCACGUCCGUGACCCGAACCACGUGCCCGACGGCUACCUCUCUGAUGACCCCGCCGCACACGCCUCUACAAACCGUCGCGGAGAGAGAAAGAAAGGUGUCCCAUGGACUGAAGAGGAACAUCGGCUCUUUCUAAUUGGCCUCCAGAAAUUAGGGAAAGGGGAUUGGCGGGGUAUAGCCAGAAACUUUGUAAUGUCAAGGACACCUACUCAGGUAGCAAGUCAUGCCCAGAAGUAUUUCAUCCGUCAGAGUAAUGUUACUCGAAGAAAGAGACGUUCAAGCCUUUUCGACAUGGUCCCAGAUGAUAUGGCUACAGAUACUCCCCCAGUGCCUGAAGACCAAGUUUUGCUGCCUUCUUCACAGGUGGAAGAAGCGGAUAAUGCAAAUUCAAUACCUUCAUUAAAUCUCUCUCUCAACUCUGAAUUUGAGCAUGGAGAAGCUGCUUCACAAGAAACAGUUCAAGAAACUGAAGAAACCAUGAUGGGAUCAAGUGAAUUCACACCAAUGAUCCAUGGUUUCUUGCCACCUUAUUUACCUGUUCCUUACCCAUUUUGGCCGCCAAAUCCAGCCCCUCCUCAUGAAGAGAAGGGCGUAGAGGCAUCUCAACAUCAGGUACUGAAGCCGAUUCCAUUACUUCCCAAGGAACCUGUCAAUCUAGAUGAACUAGUUGGAAUGUCUCAGCUUAGUAUAGGAGAGACUGAGAAUGGCCAUAGAGAGCCCUCUCCACUAUCCCUGAAACUGCUAGGAGAACCAUCGCGACAAUCAGCAUUUCAUGCAAAUGCACCCGUUGGUGGCACAGAUUUGAGCAAGGGCAAGACUGGUGCAAUUCAAGCGGUUUGAACUGCAGGGAAGGAGGAUGCUACUUCUAUCUUAUUUUGUGUCUUUUUUUUUUUUUUGCAUUACCAUAGUUACUCUAAGGUAUUUAGUUUUAUUUUUUGAUAGUAUGAAAUUUCUGGUCCUUACAACAUAGGUUAAGAUCAAUUUCUGGGAAAUAUUUAUUCAUUCUAACUGUAAACAGCUAGAUGUUCGAAUAAUCAAAUGCGUUUUAGCAGUGAAUGCCUUGGUCUCA